AUUGAAAAUUUGCUUAUGUCCUUUUUCAGGCUGGGAACGCUUGCUUCAUUGCUAAGUGAGCCACUAGUAAAUGGUUUCACCACAGCUGCAGCGUGUCAUGUGGUAGUCGCACAACUGAAAGACGUAGUAGGAAUAAGAAUUGACCGCCAUAAAGGAGCAUUUAAAAUUAUUUACACUCUGAUCGAUGUAACUAAGGGCCUGACAAAUACAAACCUUGUUAACUUCAGCUUCUGCGUGGGAGUAAUUAUUUUCAUGACUGUUUGCAAUGAGUUUAUAAAGCCGUAUUUAAACCAACGAUGCCGGUUCCCUUUGCCAGGAGAACUAAUAGCUGUGAUUGGUGGAACAUUGAUCUCCAAAUUUUGUCAUUUACACGAUGACUUUAAUGUGGAGUUGGUUGGUAUAAUACCAAAAGGAUUACCAAGUGCUACACUACCACGCCUCAAUUUGAUCCCCUUAGUUGCAGUCGAUUCAAUAGCCAUUGCAAUAGUCACAUAUUCCAUUAUCAUGUCUAUGGGCUUGACGUUUGCCAAAAAGCAUGGUUAUGAAGUUCGCGCCAAUCAGGAACUCUUUGCUAUGGGCCUAGGUAAUGCUGUCGGCAGCUGUUUUUCUUGCAUACCCUUAGCCUGCUCUUUAUCACGAUCGGUUAUACAGGACCAAACAGGUGGUGUCUCCCAAAUAGCUUCUUUAGUGUCUGCCACACUUGUGGUUGUUACAUUACUGUGGAUCGGGCCGUUCUUCAGCGAUUUACCAAGGUGCGUUUUGGCUGGUGUCAUAAUUGUAGCAUUAAAACCUAUGUUUAUGCAGAUUAAACAGCUGAAAAAAUUUUCAAAGCAAGGCAAACUAGAAAUAUUCAGCUGGAUAUCUACAUUCUUGUGUGUAGUGCUCAUAGACAUUGAUAUCGGACUUCUUAUUGGCGUUUGCGUGUCGUUAUUAGCAUUGUAUAUUAAGGGGUUGAAGCCUUAUUAUUGUUUGCUGGGCUAUAUGCCUGAAUCACCUGGUAUCUAUAUGGAUAUGAAUCAACAUCGCAAUGUAAUGCAAGUUCCACAAACGUGCAUCUUUCGGUACUACGGCUCUCUUAAUUUUGCUACAAGUUUGUUUUUUCGUCGUGCGCUUUAUUCUGUAGUAGGACUUGAUAAAAUUAAGCAAAAGACAAAAAACAACCGAAAUAGAAAAUCAUCGACAACAUAUGUAUCUGUAACUGAAAAUGUUAAGGAAACCAAUACGCUUAAAUUUUUAAUUCUGGAUUUCUCCAUGUUGGGCCAUAUCGAUGUUGCCGGCUGCAGCAUGUUGACUGAUGUUAGCAAAGAGUUAAAAACGUUUGGUUCUCGUUUACUGUUGUCUAGCCCUAUGGAUCGCGUUUACGACACGUUGGUACACAGCAUGGCUCUAAGCGAAGGUCCUUUUGAAAUUUUCCCCACGUUACAUGAUGCAGUAGAGUAUGCAAAUGCGUAUCGAACGGUAUAAAAUUCCAAUCGAUUGUAAAAUUAACGUGAGAACCGUGCAAACUUUUUC